CAAUAAUCGCAACUCCACCUCAAGGCCAACUAUCCCAAUCUCUCCUUCUCACAUUAUAAUAGUAUACAUAAUGCCCCAACCAACAACCCAGCCCCAGGCUAAAUCCCGCUGGAUUAUUCUCGCCGUCGCCUCCGGCGCAUUCGCCGCGCUGAACGGUCUCUUCGCAAAACUUACCACAGACGAGCAAACAACCUCUUUUGCAAAUGCAAUUCUGUCUAUCUUUGGUGCGAGUGUCGAUGACCAUCCGUUCCUCCUCCUUGUUGUCAGGGGGAUCUGCCUGGGCCUCAAUGUUCUAUGCAACGUAAUAAUGUGGGCGCUGUUCACGCGAGCCUUGACGGCGGCGCCGUCAACAACCAAGGUGUCGAUUACGAAUACGUCGGCUAAUUUCCUCGUGACCGCGUUCUUAGGAAUGGCUGUGUUUCAGGAGAAAGUCGCUGGGCUAUGGUGGUUGGGUGCGGCGAUGUUGGCCGCUGGGGGGAUUCUUGUUGGGAUGAGGGAGGAGUCAGCGUGAGCCUUUCUUUGAGUAUGAUGGCCUUAAUAAUUAAAUGGAUUAUCUUGGGACCCUGGUUUGGUCUAUAUAGUUAGGAUAUAAAUUACCGUGUGUUUGGACUGUGGUCCGUCUAUCAUUGUAUAGUAUACAUCGCACAUUCUCGUACAUUUAAUGCCUCUCUUCCAAUUCGACCAUGCCGUCGUCCGCAUCGUCGUCCUCUGUCCCUGCUAAUAUGGUAGAUGGAGAUCGAUCCUCUUGCGGGAUAGGCCUGACAUCUCGUGGUCGUCCCGACAUUUUGGAGAACUUGGAUCCAAUAUUCCGCAUAAAGUUCCAAAUGCGUUCUUCUAGCGUAUCAGUGUCUUUUGCGCUUUGGUACACUCCUAGAGGAAGCUCUGCUUGCUGUGUCGCCGCCAGUGCUUGCUCCUCGGCCUCUACCUUAAACUGAUAUUUGAGGCAGUCCUUGACCGUGA